AGCAAUACCAACGAAGCGGGUGAAGAGUCGCCCAGACGAGGAGAAGGCCGGAGACUCGCAGGCCCGAGACGCGGCUAUGGCAGCCCAGUCACCCCAGCUCGCUGCCCCGCGGAGCCGCUUCAUUGUGGUGGGAGGUGGGAUCGCCGGAGUGACGUGCGCUGAGCGGCUGGCUACAGAGUUUCCUUCUGAUGAUAUUUUAUUAGUCACAGCAUCUCCUCUUAUAAAAGCAGUAACAAACUUCAAGCAGGUUUCCAGGACUUUAGAAGAAUUUGAUGUUGAAGAACAGGCAAGCAGCAUCUUAGAAAAACGCUACCCUAACAUUAAGGUUAUUCAGUCUGGAGUAAAACAGCUGAAGAGUGAAGAACAUAAAAUAAUCACAGAAGCCGGUCAGGAGUACAUCUACGAAAAACUUUGUCUGUGUGCUGGAGCAAGGCCAAAGCUGAUUACUGAAAGAAACCCCUUCGUGUUGGGAAUCCGCGAUACAGACAGCGCAGCGGAAUUUCAGAAACAUCUGGCAACAGCGAAAAGAAUAACCAUUGUGGGAAAUGGUGGCAUUGCCCUGGAAUUAGUGUACGAAAUCGAAGGUUGCGAAGUCAUCUGGGCCAUCAAAGACAAAGCAAUUGGGAAUACCUUCUUCGAUGCCGGAGCAGCUGAAUUCCUGAUCCCAAAGCUGAGUGCCGUGAAACCGGAGCCUCCGAUCGCUUGUAAAAGAACGAAAUAUACGACGGCAGGUGGAGUACACGGAAGUGAGAUAGAAGAAAGUGCUGCAGGAAACCCUGGGGAAAUCGGCAGCGCCUUGGGCCCUGACUGGCACCAAGGCUUAUGUCUUAAGGGAGCAAAAGAGCUGUCCCACAAAGUUCAUAUUGAAAGCCUGUGCGAAGUGAAGAAGAUCUUUCUCCAGGAAGAGUUCCAGCAGUCAGAGAACGUGUCUCUGGCUUUCCCCAGAGUUCAGCCGGACGAGAGGAAUGCAGAAAUGGAUGAAGAGAAGUGGCCGGUGUAUGUUGAGUUGACCAGCGGGAAGAUAUAUGGCUGCGACUUCAUUGUCAGUGCAACCGGAGUCAUUCCAAAUGUCCAGCCAUUCCUUGACGGUAAUAAUUUUGUUCUAGGUAAAGAUGGGGGUCUGUCAGUGGACAAAUACAUGCACACUUCUCUACCAGAUAUCUAUGCGGCAGGGGACAUCUGCACUACGUCAUGGGAGCCUAGUCCAGUUUGGCAGCAGAUGAGGCUUUGGACCCAGGCUAGACAGAUGGGAUGGUAUGCUGCAAAAUGUAUGGCCGCUGAUACUUUAGGGGAACCUACGGACAUGGACUUUUGCUUUGAACUCUUUGCUCAUGUGACAAAGUUUUUCAAUUACAAGGUGGUGUUGCUGGGAAAGUACAACGCGCAAGGGCUGGGCUCAGACCAUGAACUGAUGCUGAGGUGCACUAAAGGGCAGGAGUUCGUCAAAGUCGUGAUGCAGAAUGGGCGCAUGCUGGGAGCAGUAUUGAUUGGAGAAACAGACCUAGAAGAAACCUUUGAAAACCUGAUUCUCAACCAAAUGGAUCUGUCAUGCUAUGGGGAAGAUCUUUUGGAUCCAAGGAUAGACAUAGAGGAUUACUUUGACUGAACGU